AUGGACAUCAACAGCACGCCGUGGAGCUCCGACUCGCAUCCUCCAUCACUUCACAACGAGUUAGUGACUGUGGUGCCCACCAUCUUCCCACGACUGGGCUACAGCAUCAUUUCCUUCUUCAUGUUCAUCAACACAGUUUUAUCAAUUUUUAACAAUGGUCUGGUAAUAACCGUGAUGCUGAGAAAUCCAUCUUUACUCCACCCCAUGAACGUGCUCAUCCUCAGCCUCGCCGUGUCUGACCUCAUGAUAGGCCUGUGUGGUUCCCUGGUCGUCACCAUCACCAACUACCAUGGCUCUUUCUUUAUUGGUCACGCAGCCUGUGUGUUUCAAGGAUUUGCUGUCAAUUAUUUCGGUCUGGUGUCUCUCUGCACCCUGACUCUACUUGCCUAUGAGCGAUACAACGUUGUGUGUAAGCCUAAAGCUGGUUUAAUGCUGAGCAUGCGGAGAAGCAUCAUCGGGCUAGUAAUUGUCUGGGGCUUCUGUUUGUUUUGGGCUGUGGCACCCUUACUUGGCUGGAGCUCUUAUGGUCCCGAGGGAGUCCAGACCUCCUGCUCGCUGGCUUGGGAGGAGCGGUCAUGGAGCAACUACAGCUAUCUCAUCCUCUACACACUCCUCUGCUUUAUUAUCCCUGUUGUAGUCAUCAUCUACUGCUACACUAAAGUGCUGAAAUCCAUGAAUACGCUGAACAGGAGUGUGGAGCUUCAGGGUGGGCGUUCCAGCCAGAAAGAGAAUGAUCACGCCAUUAGUAUGGUCCUGGCUAUGCUCAUAGCUUUUUUUGUUUGCUGGCUGCCCUACACGGUCCUGUCGAUGGUGGUAGUUUUGGAUCCAGAGCUCUACAUCCCUCCACUGAUUGCCACCUUGCCCAUGUACUUUGCCAAGACUAGCCCUGUGUAUAACCCCAUCAUCUACUUCCUUUCCAACAAACAGUUUCGUGAUGCUGCCCUGGAGGUGAUGUCGUGUGGCCGCUACAUUCCCCACGGGCCCACCGGUGUCAGCAUCAACAUGCGCUCCUUGAACAAGAGGAGCCUGUUGACUUCCCUAAGCAGGAACGUCAACACACACAGCAAGGUGUUGCCCCUGUGA